UUUUUAAAACCGCAGCAGUUGUGGUGCUUAGUACUUGGGGUUUUCUCUAAUAUGUGAAGGAAUUUCGUGAACAUGCAGUCAUGCAGAUCGACUCCUCCAAGUCCGCCCAAUUCAUCGCUGCCCCGCUCCGAGCGUGCAGCACACCGUCAUCGCACCCCUCCCAGCAGCACACCGUCAUCGCACCCCUCCCAGCAGCACACCGUCGUCGCCCCUCCCAGCAGCACACCGCCUUCGCCUGCCUCCACACAACAAUCUGCCAUCACUGCUUCUCUGAAUAUAGGGAACAAGUUGGCCCGACGCGGAGUAACCAGCAACCACUGCUCCUUCCCGCCGUUCUUUCCUGAUCGCCUUCUCCUUAUUGAUCCCUCUUCACUUAUUACAGGUAUAUUCCUCAAUCUUUUAUAAUUUCAAGCAGUUUGCUUUAAUCUGCGUUUAUCAAGAAAUUUCAAGCAGUUUGCUUCUCCGUAUUGACUCCUCUUCACAUAUUACAGAUGGUUUGCUAAUUCAUAGCGGGACAAAGAGGUGUUUUUUCCUGUUUUUCGAGAAACUCCAGUGACAUCUUUGUGUGUGGGAGGAUGUGGAAAAAAACCGAUCUACAACACUCGACAGGCUAGGACAGCCUGGGCUGGGCAGAGCUUUGUUAGAUAUAUGGAUUGUUGUUCGCUGGUUGGAAAGGCUUCCCGGUAUGCUCAUGUAAUCUUAAACCAAGAGUCAGUCCUAUUUGACGCCCCUUCUGUGUGCUGACUAACUUUCCAUCCGGUUUUGAUGGAAUCAUAUACUCUGUAUUGCUUUUCUUGACAGAGGAGUUUAUUAUUUCUUAGCCAUAAAUAUACACAGAUCCAAAAUUACAUAAUUGUUGGUUAAGUGUGGCUAUGUGUAAUGAUAUUCCAAUUGAAAUUAGAUUUCCUUUUUAAAGAAAUUAAAAGCAUGAGAAUAGAUUCAACAUUUUGUGAAUCAUGUAAUUCCUUGCAUAACUAUGAAUAAGUCAUUAAUUUACUGGUAAUGAAUGCUAACGCUUCUCUGUUAUCCACAUUGUGAUUAAUUGUAGGAUUAAUAAGGACAUUGCUAUGCGUGCCAAAUUGCCAAUGAACUCAGUUUGUAGACGUAAAGUUACUUGAUCAGCUAGGUCGUGAUCUACUCAAGAGUCAAGCUUAUUAAGAUUAGUAUGGAGUAGUACCACAUAAUACUACUGUUUAGUUUUAAAAGAAACAAAAUUUGUGAUGUAUUCAUUAUGAAUUUUGGUGUUGUAUUACUUAAUUCUUGUAAUAAUGAUUUUG